UAUUGCCUUUCAUGUUUUUACCUUUUAGGCACUGACAACUGUAGCUUGAAAAACAUAACUGAAGAAAUGGGAACCAGUAGUAAUGAUGAAUUAUCAGUGAAUGCCACAAGUGGGAACAGGAGAUUAUCAGAGGAUGUGUCACUAUCUGGCAGGGCAACGAGUGAUCAGAACAGUGUAGCACAGCCCAGUGCGGUGCUUGAUGUCAAGGCAGAGUAUGUUGGUGUAACUUCUGUCAACUUAACCUGGACAGUGAAUGACACAGCUUCAAACUCCUACAGAUACAGAAUAGAGGUUAGAAAUGGGCCCUCCAUCAACAAUGAGACAUCAAAUAACACAGAAACUGAAAUUACUGGGUUAACCCCUGGGACGCCGUACACUUUCACAGUCUUUGCAGUAGCAGCUGAUGGUGAGACGGAAGGAGAAGGAACAUCCAUAAGCCUGUAUACAAGUAAGUGACAGUUUCUUGCGGAU